AUGAUGAAGACCUUCAUGAACAGCAGUCUCGCGUGCGAUAUCUUGGGGUGGGUAUCUUCUCGCCUUGGUCUUCAUCUCGUUCCAACUUCGAAGCCACACUAUCGUCUAAUAUGUUUUGUGAUUGACGAGAUUAUAUCAAUUCCCUGCGGAUUGUUUUCCCUCGCUGCAAUGAGUUGGAUGUUAUCGGACGUGUUUGCCAAAGCAGUGGCAGCUCUCUUUGGGCUUACCAUUGUGGUCAAGAUGGUACUGUUGUACUUCGGUGGUAUUGAAUCUCUAUAG